GAAGUGGCGCCCGCAGGCGGGAGCGGCGUGCAGGAGCGGUUUCUUGGUGCUCAAUGGGGGCGUUGAGUGGGGCUGGCGCGAUGGGAGCGGCUGUGGCGGCCUUUUACGUGACAGCUGCCCCCCCCUCGGCGCUCGGGGGAGAUUCUGGGGAACUGAUCACAGCUGCCUAUGAGCUUGGAGUUGCUCAUCCUCCGGGCUACCCUCUCUUCACUCUUUUGGCUAAACUGGCCAUUGAGCUUUUUCCCUUUGGUUCUGCUGCGUAUCGUGUCAAUCUCCUCUGCGCCUUGCUGGGGGCAGCUGCAGCAUCGCUUCUGUUUUAUACAGUUGUCAGGCUUUCUGGCUCGCAGGCGGCAGGAGUCUUUGCUGUGGGGAUGUUUUCGUUUUCCCGUCUAACGUGGCAAUGGUCUAUCACAGCAGAGGUUUUCAGCUUAAACAAUCUGUUUGUGGGGCUGCUGAUGGCGCUUUCCGUGCAAUUCGAGGAAGCAACAACUGCAAACGAGAGAUCAAAGAUCUGUAAAGUGGGUGCCUUCUCUUGUGGACUUAGCAUGUGUAACCAACAUACCAUUGUGAUCUACGUGCUUUGCAUUGCUUUGUGGGUUUCCUCUCGCUUGUUCAGGGAGCGUGAGCUGACCCUGAGCAAUGUGCUGAAGUUAAGUUUCUGCUUCUUGGCUGGUUGUCUGCCUUAUCUCUACUUGCCUAUCUCUGCCUACCUCAACAAAGCCCGCUGGACCUGGGGAGACCAGACAACCUUUAAAGGGUUUAUGAUCCAUCUUCUCCGGGAAGAGUACGGCACGUUCAAUCUGGCAAAAUUGGAAAAUGGAUCCAGUACGACUGAUGUAUUGCUUUUUCAGGUGACCCACAUGAAGAUGGAACUUUCCCUCGUUGUCCAGGCCUUUGCAAUUGCUGCAUGUGUGUGUUGUGCAGUGAGGCCGAAGACAGAGAAGUCACAGCUGAUUUGGCUGUUUACGUCAAUGUUAUUGAUGUAUUCUUUUUUCUUUGCUUGGAGGGCAAAUUUGGAUAUUUCAAAGCCUCUGUUUAAGGGGGUGGUCGAGCGAUUCUGGAUGCAAAGCAAUGCAGUGAUUGUUGUUCUAGCUGGCUUUGGCUUCUCUUUACUCUUUUUUCUUGGUGAGAUAUUUCUUGGAAACAGCAGAAUGAUUUACAGUUUGGAAUGGCUUCUGGCAGCUGUUCUUGUUACUGCUCAAAUCUAUUCCAAUUACAGUGUCUGUGACCAAAGUAACAACAAUGUUGUUGACCAGUUUGCCAUGAAUCUUUUGUCCUCCAUGCCUCCAGAUGCCAUCAUCUUGCUAAGAGGGGACCUGCCUGGGAAUUCUCUUCGCUACAUGCAUCAUUGUGAGGGUAUAAGACCUGAUAUCAGCUUAGUUGACCAAGAGAUGAUGACUUACCAUUGGUAUUUGCCAAAGCUGGCUAAACAUUUACCUGGUGUCACCUUUCCUGGCAACCGUUGGAAUCCUGUAGAAGUGCCAUUACCAGAUGGAACAAUCACAUUUAACCUUCAUCAUUUCCUCAAAGUAAAUAAACACAAAGACACCUUUGUUUGCAUUGGACUCCAUGAAGGUGACCCUACCUGGAAAAAAGACUAUUCCCUUUGGCCCUGGGGCUCUUGUGAUAAACUUGUAUCUUCAAAAGUUCCCUUUGAUCCUGAAAUGUGGGUUGAGCGUACCCAAAAUCUCUACAACUGGACUGAGGAAUAUGGAAGGUUUGACUCAUCUUCCUGGGAGUUAGUAGCAAAUGAAGAGAUGUGGCAAGCCAGGAUGAAAACAGCCUUCUUUCUUUUUGACCUUGCAGAAACUGGUUCCACAUCUGUGGAAGAGAAAGCAAAGCUUUACACACUUGCUUAUAAGCUGUACAAGGAAAUUGUAAACACGUAUAAAACUCAUCCAGUGAACUGGCACAAAAAUUACGCCAUCGCCUGUGAGAGGGUGCUACAUCUUCACCCAGCAAGGGAAGACCCAGAGGUGCUACUCUUAGAAAUCAUCAAACACUUCCGCCUUUACUUGGAGGAAGCUGCAGAUGACCCCCAGCAGAGCAGUAUUUUGCAAGCCAUUAAGCAUAUGAAGAAAGAACUUCGGGAAGUCAGAAAACUGAAGAAGGCAGCGAGGCGACCUGCGUAGGACAUGCUGAGCUCAAGGGAAAAUCUGUCGGAGAGGAAAUGAAGAGUAAGAGAAGGAUUCCACAGACGGAAAUAAAGCAAGCUUAAAUGCAGUGUUUUAGAUAGGAGGAAAAGACUAAUCAAAAGAAGGGUUUGGUGGUAUAGAGAAGCAUGAACAAAGGCUGGGGGACAUGAAUUGGGAUUUUUCUCCCUUUUGAUGUUACGGUGUGGGGGUCAUUAAACGAAGCUGAACGUCGGAGAGUCUAACUGAAAACAUCUUAACACAGUACGUUGAUCAUUAGAGCCGUGGUGGCGCAAUGGUUAGAAUGAAGUAUUGCAGGCUAACUGCCCAUCGUCUUGAGUUUGAUCCUGAUGGGCUGAAGGUUGGCUUAGCCUUUUAUCCUUCCAAGGUUGGCAAAAUGAGAACCUAGAUUAUAGAGGGUAAUAUGCUGAUAUUGUAAACUGCUCAGAGUAUGCUGUGAAGCACUGGAGCAGUAUAUAAAUCUAAGUGCUAUUGCUAUUGCUAAUUUGCUUCCCUGCCAGCUACAGUCAAGUCUCCCUUGAGGUUAGCUCUGAUUAUAGGAUACAUCUACAUUAUAUUGCUUUCUUGUUGACAAUAUGGAAGCUGUCUUCUAUGGUUGGCUAGGCACUGUCACUUGCUGUGAACAUGGCUACCAGAUAGAACAGGGUUGUCAAAUUCAAUUUCAUUGAGGGCCGCAUCAGGGUUGUGUUUGACCUUGGUGAGCCGGGGUAGGCGUGGCCAGGAUGGGCAUGGCCAGCUUGACGUCACUCGUGUUGGGGGUGCCUGUGGCGGUCCGACCACUCUGCCAGUGGAAAUGGGCUCCCGAGCUCUGUUUUUGGCUGCGAUGGUCUCCUGCAACCCUCUGCCAGCGAAAGUGGAGCUCGGGAGGGCUGCUCCCGAGCUCCGUUUCGCUGGCAGAGACAACGUGGGCCAGUCCUUCACUGUUUCCAGGGCAGCCCCACCGGCCAGAUCUAAGCACCCCACAGAUCAAAUCCAGCCCCUGGGCCUUGAGUUUGACACCCCUGAGAUAGAAUAAAAGACAGAUUCAUAUUGACAGAGGGUUUGAUCAAAGGCUAACAGUCAUUAUCACUUUUGCCCUCAUACCAAGCAUGGAGUAUCACAAAAGCAUUCAAUUGAAUUCUGUUGGGAGUACAAUGUUGGACUUGAGAUGCCUCUAAUCAGGAUAUUCAUAUGUUCUGUUUAAUUUAUCCGUUUGUACAUGUUUAUGUGCUACUAUUUAGUGUUAACAUCAGAGUCAAAAUCUUAAUAGCAAAAACUGACCUGAUGGAAUUGGGCAUUUGAUAAUCACAGAAUUUAUAGAAAUUAAAGGACAGUUUACCUCUUGAAAGCCAGUGGUCUCUGAACCACCAACCUCUUUCCAUAAGAUAAAAAUUUACACUACUUGCAGCUUUUUCUGAAUAGACAUGAUCUGACCAGAAUUAGUACUACAGGUAAUCCUUAUUUAGUGACUGCCUUGUUUAGCAACUGUUCGCAGUUAUGAUGGCGAUGAAAAAGUAAUUUUGCAAUCAGGCCUGACAUUUACGGUUUUCACGGUCUGUAAAGCAAAAGAAAGCUGAAGUAAGAUCAUAAACAGAUGUGUGCUUUCAUUUAAUGACUAAGCUGGUCCCAAUUGUGGUCACUUAACAAGGACUACUUGUACUCUAAUCACCUCGGAAGUAGAUUAUUCAAAAAUGAUGGACCAUAUUUUAUAAAUUGAGUAUAUGUUAUGAACAUCAAAGGUCUCAGCUUCAAUCACCUACAUUUCUUCAAGAAGAAUCAGGUGCAGCUGAUAGGAAAUAUAUUUCUGUCAGAUUUUUAGAGAGCCAUUCAUUGAUUAUAGUUUCAUAUAGUUAAAAUAAGUUGUGAGGGGGCUGCUUCACAAACUGUAGUGAGAAAUUGGAUUUCACCCAGUUUUUUCUACACAAAGUGCUGAUUUUGAGCAUAUAAUCCUCUACCUCUACCCUUUUUUGGACCAGAUCACUUUAAGGAUUGAUAAUUCCUAUAUAAACUUCUCUGAUUGCUGAGAUCUUCCUUGGAUACUGCCUGCCAGUUGAAGUAAGGUACAUUCAAGAUGGGGUAUAUCUGAACUUAGACAUCAUGUGCAACUGUAUAUCCUUGAAAAUAGAAACGUGUACUUCCAGUCAUAAUGUUGUAGUUCUGCCACAGGAGCGAAGGCAACCCACCAAAUGAUUUUCUUACCAUUGUCACGUGUCAUUAGUGGCAGAGCUCUGAUAAACAUCUUUUUAUUGUUCCACACAUUUUAAUUGUAGAUUUUUAUAUUGUUCUGAUCCAGCUUUGUUUUAUUUAACCUCUUUUGUAGCUUUUGGAGGAUGCUCUUGAUGUUUGUUUUAUUUAUAUAAUACUGUUCUUUUAUAUUUACUAGUUGCACUGAGGGAUUUUUACCCGAAUAACAACAUGAACAUGCUUUUAAUAAAUAAGUUAAUUCUUUCAUU